AUGAACUUGUUCCUGAACCGCGAGGUCACUCUCGCACGCGCCGAAAAUGGGUUGAUGGGUCCUCAAGGCGUCUCGACCACAGAUUCGGGACUCCGCCUCAUGCCCUGCAUCAUCGACGCCGUCAUAUUUACCGGCGCAUCCGGUUUCCUCCUCAGAAAGCUCAAGGACUACCAGAUCUUCAUCACCCCUCGGGACCGCAACCCUCACCCUUACCAGCAGCUCAUCUUUGUCCUGAUCAUGGGACUGGGUCAGGGACUGAUCUACUAG